CCUUUCCUUUCCCUUCCCAAUAAAAGGCUACGGAGAACAAGUCCAUCCUUUUGUCUUUUGUUGUUUCUACAUAAAGGAAAUUCAAUCAAUCCUUCAAUUCUAAACAAAAGCCAAUUUUCAUGUCUGGUUGACUUCUGCCUGUUGCCUCUCAAUGCUCGGCAGAUGCUCUGCAGGUUCCGCAGGCAGCACUGCAGCAGGUACACCAAUGCGAUUGGGGAGUUAUUGGUUUUGGUAAGAUUCUACUUUGUUCGUCACAGGCUCCAGCGCUCCAGAACUUCUGUUGUAGGCGUUUCCAUUUAUGCGCUUCUACAUGUCCACGAUUGAUUGGUUGCAAGGUACGAACGCUGAGAUUAUCAACUGCCGCACUAGUCCUUUGAAAAAACAUUGAAAAUUCAUCUCCAUAGCGGUAUAGCCGCAUAUAAAUAACUGGUCUAUGGAUACCAUUCAUUCAGAUUCACAUCAGCGAGAGUCUGGCGAUAUUAUCGUUGACAAUCACUACAUGCCCAAAGUCAAUCGUUCCAAUCCACACAAACGCUUAUUUUCAGAACAGCAUUCUGUUCCUCUUCAAACAUCGACACAACAUUUGUCGAAAAGGCAGAGGCUGAACACAUCACAAAAACCACCAGCAUUUUGGGACAAUCUGUCAAAGAUUUGGUUAACUGGGAACGCGUUGAAAGAAUUGGAUCGAAGGAACAGUUCGCUCUUGCCAAGCCAUCGGCCAGUCACUCGAAAAUUUGUUGCCAAGUUGAGAGAAGAGGAAAACUUGGAGCCCGCCGUCGACUUUCUCGUUAAAUCUUCUGCGAGGCGGUUAAAAAAGAUACAGCUAUUUGCUCGACACGGUGGUCCUAAUUUAACGGAUCUCAGAGGAGUAAGUAUCAUCAGAUAUCCACCGGAGCAUAAACUAAAUAUUCUGCUUCUAGUACCAAAAAUCUGCCAGUCCUCUUGUUAGCGACCAGCCUCAAAACGCGACCAUGAAAAGAAAGCCUCUUACGGAUCCCGACGCUACUACUGGCGCUACCACAACUACUAAGAACACUUCGGUCUACUCUCGCAAUUUCCAACAGCACCUUAUUGAUAAUGGUAUAUUUCCUAGCUUCUACAGGUACCCCGAUGGCACAAGACCAACAAAGCCAAAUAACUGGAAGGAGAUUAAACGCAGACUAGCACAGCCUCACCGUUCCCUUUCACCGUCAAGAUUUACGGAAGAAAUGCAUGAAAAGUUUACGCAAGUGGAUGCAGACGCUGCUAAAGAGGAGCAAGUAACGAGAUUGGUGAUUCCUCUGAUUGAAGGCGAGGUUAUAGAUGCAAAAUGCGUUUCAGGAAAAAUUCCAUUAAAAAACCUGCGGUAUCUCACGGAUGGCUCACUUGUUUCUGGUAACCCGGACCUCUACUAUGGAGCACGUCCUGAACAACUCGAGCGACAAGUACGUAUUGAUCUCGGUGAUUACAUCGUCCCCACAACUCAAAGCGACCUUCCCAUUGUGCCGAACUUCUUUCUGGAAGUAAAGGGGCGUGAUGGAAGCGUAGCGGUAGCAGAACGGCAAGCAUGCUAUGAUGGUGCAUUUGGUGCGAGAGGCAUGCUUCAGUUGCAGUCAUAUAUGCAAGAUGAGGUAUAUGACAAUAUUGCCUAUACUAUUACAUCAACUUAUCAUUAUGGCACGCUACACAUGUAUACCAGCCACCCUGUACAGCGUAAUGGCCCUUCAGGCCGGACCGAGUAUAUCAUGACUCACAUAAAUUCUUGGGCUUUACUCGGGAGCCCUGAGACGUACCAGGAAGGGGUCACUGCAUUCCGAAAUGCCAUAGAUUGGACAAAGGAGCAAAGAGACGAGAUGAUUGAGAAUGCAAACCAUAGAGUCAAUGAUACAGACACUACUAAUCAAACCUCUUCAGCUUUGACCUCCAACUCAACGACCGAAACCUCCAAUGUCGAAGCUGCAUUGUCAAUACAUUCUGAAUCGCAGUCUCAAACGUCUGUCGCCACGCAGAAUGAAACUUCCACAAGCGAAACCACACAUCAUGAGUUGGAGAUGCCAAACAAUAUGUCUACGAGAGAUUUGAAUCCAUCGACAAAACGCUCUUCAGGAGUGUCCGAGUCCCAACCUCGAAAACGUGGUGUCCAAGGAAGGCAGGAAUCAGCUAACAGGGCUGCUGACCAUCUUGGCAAGUAGUGCGCCUCAGGCUUCGUGGCUAGCGUAUGAUCUGUCUCCUCCAGCAGUUUGUUUAGGAGGAAGACACGAUGCCAAACAGCCUUGCAGAAAUUCAGGGACAAACACCGGGCUGCACGUUGUUGUCAAUAAUACGCGGGAGAAUCUUGGUGAGGAAAAUUUAUGGGAUGAUACACGGAUGAAAUAUUUGAAGCCAAUUUUGGGGUUCACUUGAUGUUACUGAAAAGGAUGUCAAAUUUGGUGAACUUUCUUGGGCAUUAGACAUUUACUGUCAUUGUAUAGAAGUAAAUGAAGAUAUCAAAUCAAACCAAAUCUAAAUUCAUGA